AGCUGUGCUGUGGUCCUUUACUGAUUAUUGAUCAUCUAUGAUUACCUCUAGUGCUUGAUUUGUUUUAUUUCAAUGCAUAUGGGAUAUGGGUUCCUCAUUCUCAGCUGAUUUGAAACACCUGCUGCUUAUCAUCUCUGUUUUAGGAAGAGAGAUGGGUAGUCUUCUAAAUUUUGAAUUUAAAUUUGUCUUAUCAUUGGAAGAUUGGACCAGCUCUGGCUUCAGGUUUUUCUCUCUUUUGCCAAUGAUGGGCUUGUUGCAAACCCAGCAUACCAACAAGCUUUAACAAAAGCCCUCCCAUUACUCUGGAGAAAUGUUAGGCUUGUCUAAGAAAGUUUCCUAGGAUAGGAUACCUUUGUUGCACUGAAGGGUUAAGGUGUACAAAAAAUAGGAGCAAAAUCCACCAUUGUAUCACUGUCAUUCUUCUUUUCCUUGACUUUAGUGGAGAAUGUUGGGCUGAUAGAGAAUGCAAUGGGUAAUGUUCAGAAUGCUAUAGAUAUUUCCCUAUACUGAGCUUUUCAUGCUCUGUGAAAUUAUACAUAGGUUUGAGAAAUACUUUUCUGGUAUUUUGAGGGUAGUUUCCAUUGAGAGAGCUUUUGAUGGUGUUUUGGAAAAAUAAGAGUAAGGAUUGAAAUUGUGAACUGCUGUGCUGUCAGUUGGUCAUGGAAAACUCUUCUUUUGUAUCUUCAAUGAUAAGAAAAGGUAAUGGAAUACUAGUGGUAACUUUACUAGGCACUGAGCUUCAUUAGCUUAAAGUGGGCAGAUUAACCUCAUUUGAAUGCGGAGGAGUAGGUGUGCACUAAAUAAAAUGAGUUUCCUUUAGUGCUACUUCCACUAUGAGUUGUGGAUUUCAUGUGUAAGCACAUUUUGAGCUCCUUGUUUCAGUAUAAGAAGCCCAAGGAGUUGAGAAGUUUAACACAUAGCCAGUGGAGAAAUGGCAUUGCAAAAGAAAUAUGUUGGUUUUCUGGUUCUUCUUGUGGUUCUGGGCAUCACUGGGUUCAAAGGAGUUGAUGCAGCUGGUGAAUGUGGGAAUGCUUCCCCAGACACAGAAGCUUGGAAGCUGGCUCCUUGUGAAGCUGCAGCACAAAAUGAGAAAGCUGCCCCUUCCAAGAGCUGCUGUCUUCAGGUGAAGAAGAUCGGCCAGAACCCAGACUGCCUUUGUGCUGUCAUGCUUUCUAAUACAGCUAAAAGCUCUGGAAUCAAGCCAGAAGUUGCUGUGACCAUUCCCAAGCGUUGCAACCUUGCUGAUCGUCCAGUGGGUUACAAGUGUGGAGCUUAUACUCUGCCUUGAACCCUGAAGGUAGAUUCACGGUUCUAAUGAAAUAUGAAGUACCUGCUCUUAGUAGUAACAGUGUGCUAGAGUUUGUGCUCCUGUUGCUAGUCCAUCUAGCCGCAACAGGCAAAAAAUGUGUGAUAAAUAAAUUAUCGUGUUUUAUGAUGUUGGAUAAUAAAUAAUGUGUUUGUUAUAAUAAAGAAUGCAUCUUCUUCCCUGAGGGGGGUA